AUGGCCGAAGCAGAAGAGUGGCCCCUCCCGAUCAAUCCGGACGAGUUCGAUAAGGACGAGCGCAUUUCGUUCUCGAAGCUCGACAACAAGUAUAUUGCUGUGCAAGAUGACGGCACCGAGUACGAGUUCGACGAGGCUCAGAAGCGCUGGGUGCCUAUCGACUACGCGGACGACGACUUGAACGAAGGCGGAAUACCCAACUUCGAUAGCGAAGCUCAGCAACCCGCUCCUCAAGGAACGAAGAGGAAACUAGAUGAUUGGGACGACCGUGAGGACAACAACAGCAAAAACAGCAACAGCAAUAAUGGGUACAAUAACAACACCACCAACAACAACAAAGGCCGUCCUUCCAAGAACCCCAAGCGCACCAACCAGCGCGGUCCGCCGCAGCCAAAACAAAACACAGCCGUGUACGUAACCGGCCUGCCGCUCGACGCGACCGUCGACGAGGUCGCCGAGCUCUUCUCGCGCAAGUGCGGCGUCAUCGCCGAGGAGAUUGACUCCGGCCGGCCGCGCAUCAAGAUGUACACAGACAGCGAAGGCAAAUUCAAGGGUGACGCGCUUGUGGUGUUCUUCAAACCCGAGAGUGUGCACAUGGCAAUCAUGUUGCUGGAUGAUACCGAGUUUCGGUUGACGGGGGACCCGAAUGCGCCGCGCAUGCGGGUCAUGGAGGCCGAUUCGAGUUAUAAGAAGGUUAAGUAUGAUACUGCCGGGGAUGGGGAGGGCGCAGACGGUAAGCCGGCGUCACAGGCGCAGGCACAAGCGCCGCCUCGCCGCUCCGAGCAGGAGAAGGCCAAAAUCAUCCGCAAGACGCAGAAACUAGCCUCCAAGCUGGCAGACUGGUCAGACGACGAGUCCCACGCGGCCAAGACCCUUCAGCCCCCCAAGAAGUGGGAGCGCGUGGUCAUCCUGCGCAACAUGUUCACUUUGGAAGAACUGCGGGACGACCCGACGGCCAUCCUCGACAUCAAGGAGGAUGUGCGCGAGGAGUGUGAGAAGUUGGGUCCGGUCACCAACGUCGUGCUGUAUGAUCUGGAGGAAGAGGGUAUCGUGACCGUCAAGUUUAAGACGCGCGAAGCGGCCGAGGAGUGUCUGAGGCUUAUGCAUGGGAGGGCGUUUGGCGGGCGGAUUAUCGAGGCCUACUUUGCUACGGGGAGAGAGCGGUUUAGGAAGAGUAAGGGGGAUGUGAAGGAGGAGGGAAAGAAGGAUGAGUCCGAGGACGAGGAUUGA